AUGGCGAGAGCCACCCUUCUCCACAACAUGAAAGACAAUAUCAUUCCUCUAUUCGAAAGUCAUGAGUCUGCUAAAGAAAUUGUGGAAGCACUGGAGGCAAAGUAUGGCCCCAGAUCUGAUACACAUGUACAGUUGCUAUUAGACAAAUACAACUGUACACGUAUGAGUGACAAUGACUAUGUAGGCGAAUUUGUUAAUCAAAUGGAAUUACUUGCAAAGGAGCUUGCAAAUGCUAGUCAUCAUGUAUCAGACAAAAUGCAGAAUUGUCCAAAACUCCACGGUGUUAAACCACAGAAGGAGAUUGCAAUGACAAUCACUGAAGCAUCGAUGGCAGAACCAACUUCUAGCUCAUGGUGGAUAGAUUCAGCAGCAACUAGACACAUCACCAACAAGAGGGAAUUUUUUGUGGACUUCAAAGAGAAAGCUAUUAGAGAGCACAAAGUUUACAUAGGCAACAACACCUAUAGUGAUGUGUUAGGAGAAGGAAAGUAUAAGAUUUCUGUCAAAGAAAGCAGAGAUGCUGUUUUUCUUGAAAAUUCAGAUCAAAUAACUCCUAUAGAAGAUAUCAGACUAUUAGAAGAUGAACAAUCUACACAAGAAAAUUCAAAUCUUAUAUCUCCUAUGAAAGAUAUCAGUCUAUCAGAAGAUGAAGAAUCUGCACAUGAAGACAUUACAAAUCUCCAGGACAAUGGGAGUAAAAGAAGAUUGGAUCUCAAUAUCCCUAAUCAUGAAAACAGUGGGAGAAUUAAAAGACAAAGACGACCAUCAGUCAUACUUAAAGAUCAUUAUGUACUAAGUAUAGAUGACAUAAAUCUUCAAGAUGAUCCUUCCAAUUACAAAGAAGCUGUGAAAGGUGAUGAUGCAGACAAAUGGAUAGAUGCAAUGAAUGAUGAACUAGACUCCAUCAACAAAAAUGACGUCUGGGAACUCACGGACCUGCCACAGCAACGAAAAGCUAUUGGAUGUAAAUGGGUACUGAAGAAGAAAUUCAAAGCAGAUGGAAAUCUUGAUAAAUACAAGGCUAGGUUGGUAGCCAAAGGAUUCACUCAACGACCAGGUGUGGACUUUGUUGAUACUUAUUCGCCUGUAGCAAAAUUUACCUCAGUAAGAAUAAUCAUGUCUAUAGUAGCUAAGAUGGAUUUAGAAUUGCACCAAUUAGAUGUAAAAACAGCACUUCUAAACGGAGAAUUAAAAGAAGACAUCUAUAUGGUUCAACCUAAAGGAUUCAAUGUGAAUGGACAUGAAGAAAAAGUUCAUAAAUUAAAGAGGUCAUUGUAUGGGCUAAAGCAAUCUUCAAGACAAUGGUACUUAAAAUUUCAUGAGUCCAUCAUGGAAAUCGGUUUCGAGGUGCAAUUAAGUAAACUUCACUCCACUUUCUUUGCACUUUCAUGGCUUACUUACUGCUACUAUAUAAAGAAGGGAAACGGUAGCUUGAGGGAAAAGUUAGAAAUGGUUAUGGGAAGAUUCACCAAUGAGUCCAAAGAAAGGAAGACGACAUUGAUGAGAACAGUAAGCUUCAAGAAAGGUGGUUCGGACUACAUAAUUGAUCAAUAUGAGGAGGGGUUAGAGAAAAUGAUUAACAUUGAAGAAAAGGAAAGUGGGAUAGCUAAAAGCUCCAAGAAGAGGAAAGUGGGAGAGCUGAAGCUUCACACAGCUGCUUCUUUCAAUGAAUUAUAUCCCACAGCCUCUUUGGAGAAACCCCAAAUUCAGUUUUCUCCAAAGACCACCAAUGAGCUUAAUGCAGCUGCAAUCAAGCUGCAGAAAGUGUACAAGAGUUACAGGACUAGACGGAACCUUGCAGAUUGUGCUGUAGUUGUUGAGGAGCUCUGGUGGAAGGCAUUAGAUUUUGCAGCUCUAAAGCGGUGUUCCAUAUCAUUUUUUGAGCCUGAUAGAUCAGAAACUGCUGUUUCCAGAUGGGCACGGGCAAGGACUAGGGCUGCAAAGGUUGGUAAAGGUCUAUCAAAAAACGAGAAAGCUCAGAAAUUGGCUCUAAGACACUGGCUUGAAGCUAUUGAUCCAAGGCAUAGAUAUGGGCACAAUCUGCACUUGUACUACAAUGUUUGGUUUGACAGCGGCAGCUCCCAACCCUUCUUCUAUUGGUUGGAUGUCGGAGAUGGCAAAGAGGUAAAUGUUGAGAAGUGCCCGAGGACCAAUCUGCAACGUCAAUGCAUCAUAUACCUUCGACCAAAAGAGAGAGAAGCAUAUGAAGUGAUUGUAGAGAGUGGGAGGCUUGUUUACAGACAAAGUGGAGCUCCUGUGAACACUGAUGAUGGCACAAAGUGGAUAUUUGUUCUCAGCACAACGAGGAACUUGUAUGUUGGGGAGAAGAAGAAAGGCCAGUUUCAGCACUCUAGUUUUCUAGCUGGUGGUGCCACCACCGCUGCUGGAAGAUUGGUGGCCCAUAAUGGGGUUCUUGAGGCUAUAUGGCCCUAUAGUGGUCAUUAUCAGCCGACAGAAGAGAACUUCCUGGAGUUCAUCAGUUUCCUAGAAGACCACAAUGUAAGCUUGACCGACGUUAAGAAAUGUCCUGUAGAUGACGAUAUCCCACCAUUGAAAGUUACACGUAAGGAAGAAAAGGCAGAGUCAAUUGGUCAUGAUGAUGAUGGUGUGAACGGAAUUGGAAACAAUGUGGAAGCAAAGGAAUUCCAAUUUGCCAAGCGUUUUUCAUGUAAAUGGAGUAGUGGAGCUGGUGCUCGUAUAGUGUGUGUGAGAGACUACCCAGCAAAGCUCCAAUUUCAGGCACUUGAACAAGUGAAUCUGUCGCCUAGGACAAAGCCAGGACACUUUCAAGGCAUUAAUGCUCCCAUCCCUUCGCCAAGGCCUAGUCCCAAAAUCCACCUCUCACCAAGGCUUGCAUGUAUGGGACUUCCAAGCCCAAGAGUGCACCUUUCUACUGCUAAUUGA